AUGGAAUCUGGUCAUGUACUACUGGUACUUGGGGCUUCCACCAUCCAGAGUGAAAGGCUGGAGCAAAGCCGCCGGACCGGCCCUCGCGUCGUCCAGGAGAAUCGGACACUCCACACAGAGCUGGAGGCUCAAUCGCAGCAAAUCGAAGUUCUCCGGCAGCAGGUUCAACUGCUGAGGGAUGGACAUAUGGCCGAGCCUGAGCUGAAGGAGGAAAAUCUUCGCCUGCGCAGAGACCUGGAGCACAGCCGGGCCAUGCUGUCACGCUACACUGAUGAGCUUGCCACGAUCAUGCCUGGUAUGCAAAAAGUCAUCCACAAGUUUCAAUGCGAUUUGAGCGGCGAGGUCUUGGACAUUCCUGUCGAGGAUUGCGUGGCAGCUGAAGGGACAAGCGCCCAGAUGAGGCACCGUCCUCCUCCGCCGCCAGAAGCCCUCAGCGAAAGAAGGCCGCGUGCUGGCAGUCCCGGUGCUGGGCCAGGCAGAGCCAGCGGAGCCAGCGGAGCAAGCGCACGGACAGCUACCGGACCUGCAGGGCGUCUGUCUGGCUGCCUCUCCAGGCUUGCAGACGAGAACAUGGCCGUGCAGCGACGAAGCGCAGGCAAUGUCGGCCAACAGCAGAUGCGGGUUUCCCGGCGCACUCCUUCUCCGGUGCAACGUAAGGCGAGUUUAUGCUCCGUGGCGGAAGAGCCACCGCGCUGGCGCUUCUGA